UGGUCAAGCGCAGGAGUCGCCCCGCGCUUGACGACGCCCCCUUUCUUCCGCUUCCCUCCUGUGCUCCUCCACUCCUCCAUUGAAUCGCACACCGUGAGCGUGUAACUUGCCCGGCUGUCGGAUCUCCUGCAAUUUUCACCAUGGUUGCCCAAAAGAAACAGAAAAAGGCUCUUGAGAGCAUCAACUCCCGCCUUGCCCUGGUCAUGAAGUCCGGCAAGUGCGUGCUUGGCUACAAGCAGACCCUGAGGACGCUGAGACAGGGAAAAGCAAAGCUUGUCAUCAUUGCCAACAACACACCACCUCUGAGGAAAUCUGAGAUUGAGUACUACGCCAUGUUGGCCAAGACUGGUGUCCACCACUACACUGGCAACAACAACGAGCUGGGAACUGCCUGCGGAAAGUACUUCAGAGUGUGCACACUGUCCAUCACAGACCCUGGCGACUCUGAAAUCAUCAGGUCUAUGCCCGCUGCUGAGGGCGGCCAGCAGUAAUUUUUUCAUUGAAUAAAAAACAAAUUAAAAUCUCAA